GAUGGCUGCCAAGAAAGCAUUUGACAAAUUUUUCAUACACUAUCCGUAUUGCUAUGGUUACUGGAAAAAGUAUGCAGACCUUGAAAAGCGACAUGACAACGUUAAACAAUCAGAUGAGGUAUGUACAACACUGAAUAAAGUUAUUUCCAUUAGGUACUGUAAGCCAAAUAACAACAAAACAAACACCUUUUUUUUUUGGCUGGCAGUACCUACCAUUUAUGGUCAAACAAUUUUAUAGGGUAUUUUAUUUGCAUUUGUCACUCUUGUGGCAUUUGUAGCUAAUAUUUUCUCUCUUUGUUGGCAGGUGCGUUAAACCUCUACAGUUUGUCAAGCUUUGCAGUGCAAGCCUCUGUAUUACACUGCAGCUUAACAAGUAGGGCAGGGCUUUUCUCUCACUUAAACAUUUAUUUCUCAUUUUCCAAACAAUAUAGUUGGUUUGCUAGUCACAUUUGCUACGUCUUAUUGCAUUUUUGGUCAGACGCUGUCAUUGAUGCUCUAAUGGGUCUGUGCCCUUUGGUCUGUAACCCAAAGCCUGCCCACACAACCCGGUCAGAAUGCAGGGACUGCUGCGCUUUGAAGAUCAAGACUCUGCACGUGGGGAUCAGAACAUUGCCAUGUUCUAUCCAACAUCCACCCAAAUGGUUUAUCGUCGGGGGCUUCAGGCAAUACCUCUUAGUGUUGACCUUUGGAUACAUUAUAUAAACUUCUUAAAAGAAACAUUGGACCCUGGCGAUCCUGAGACAAACAGUACAAUAAGAGGAACUUUUGAGCAUGCUGUUCUAGCUGCAGGAACAGAUUUCCGAUCUGACAGACUGUGGGAAAUGUAUAUAAACUGGGAAAAUGAACAAGGAAACCUAAGAGAAGUUACAGCUAUAUAUGACCGUAUUCUUGGUAUUCCAACACAGCUAUAUAGUCAUCAUUUUCAGAGAUUUAAAGAACAUGUACAGAAUAACUUGCCUAGAGAUCUUUUAACUGGUGAGCAGUUUAUUCAGCUGCGAAGGGAAUUAGCGUCUGUAAAUGGACACAGUGGUGAUGAUGGUCCUCCUGGUGACGAUCUACCGUCGGGAGUUGAAGAUAUAACGGAUCCAGCAAAGCUUAUCACUGAAAUUGAAAACAUGAGACACAGAAUCAUUGAAGUCCAUCAAGAAAUGUUUAAUUAUAAUGAGCAUGAAGUUAGCAAAAGGUGGACAUUUGAAGAAGGUAUUAAAAGACCUUAUUUUCAUGUGAAACCAUUGGAAAAGGCGCAGCUAAAAAACUGGAAAGAAUAUUUAGAAUUUGAAAUUGAAAAUGGGACUCAUGAACGAGUUGUGGUUCUUUUUGAAAGAUGUGUCAUAUCAUGUGCCCUCUAUGAGGAGUUCUGGAUUAAGUAUGCAAAGUACAUGGAAAACCACAGUAUUGAAGGAGUGAGGCAUGUCUUCAGCAGAGCUUGUACUAUUCAUCUCCCAAAGAAGCCCAUGGUGCAUAUGCUUUGGGCAGCUUUUGAGGAGCAGCAGGGUAAUAUUAAUGAAGCCAGGAAUAUCUUGAGAACAUUUGAAGAAUGUGUUCUGGGAUUGGCGAUGGUUCGUUUAAGAAGAGUAAGUUUAGAGCGACGGCAUGGAAAUAUGGAAGAAGCUGAACAUUUGCUGCAAGAUGCCAUUAAGAAUGCCAAAUCAAAUAACGAAUCAUCGUUUUAUGCUAUCAAACUGGCCCGACAUCUUUUCAAAAUACAAAAAAACCUUCCAAAAUCAAGAAAGGUGCUUUUGGAAGCAAUUGAAAGAGACAAAGAGAACACAAAGUUAUACCUCAAUUUACUUGAAAUGGAAUAUAGUGGUGACCUCAAACAAAAUGAAGAAAACAUCCUAAAUUGUUUUGACAAAGCUAUACAUGGUUCAUUGCCUAUUAAAAUGAGAAUUACAUUUUCUCAGAGAAAAGUGGAAUUUCUUGAAGAUUUUGGUUCAGAUGUUAAUAAGCUUCUGAAUGCUUAUGACGAACAUCAAACACUCCUGAAAGAACAGGAUUCUUUAAAAAGGAAGGCAGAAAAUGGAUCAGAAGAACCAGAGGAAAAGAAAGCACACACAGAAGAUACAACAUCAUCAUCAACACAGAUGAUUGAUGGUGAUUUACAGGCAAAUCAAGCUGCAUAUAACUACAGUGCAUGGUAUCAGGUGAGUCCACAUAACAGAAUUGUUUUGCUCAUAGAUACUAGGAACAUAAAUUACUUUUUUUUUUAAAAGAAAGAAAAAAAAUUUUGUUUCAGAUUAUAGAAUACACUCUAUGCCUGUUGUCUUUUGUGGUUCAGUCUUUAAAAUUUAAGCAGUGAAUACAGCUUAUUUUCUUAAAAAUACCUCCUUUAAUUAUAUAUUCAUAGUUCUGGUAUGCUAACAUGCUUGCUUUUUCCUUUCAGUACAAUUAUCAGAAUCCUUGGAAUUAUGGACAGUAUUAUCCUCCUCCUCCAACCUGAUGGGAAGAUGUAUAUUUCAGAUGGAGUGUGUCAAAAGUGUGAAAAAAUUUUUUUUUAAGCGAGGGAUGUAAACAUAGUAUAAGCUUGUCAUAUUUGAUAACUUGUCUUCCCUGUUUCUGUGUAACAUGGUUCGUUUAGUAAUAGGGAAAACGUCACUUAGUAAAUUACCACAGAUACUAUUUCCUACCAUUUAUAAAAUUUACUUUUUAUUGGAGAACUAUUUUUUUGAUUUUUGCAUUAAGUGGUCUAGAAUAAUUUUGAAUGCAUUUGCAACAGAGUUUUGUAGCCUUAAGGGUAGGAAAAAAACUGACUGGAAGUUAUGUCAGUGUAGUAUAAGAUUCUGAAAACACAAGGGCUGCUUAUUAAGGAUUUACCUCCUCUGUAAAAAAAACUGAUUUUUAACCUUUGCUGACAAUGGGUUUGUCUGCGUGUUUCAAUUAUCUUGUGAACUUGGAUCUAGAAUUGCAGAAAAGGUACACUAUUAAAAUACUAUGCCUUGGUAUAGAGAUUAUAAAUGAGAAGAUGGAAUGUUUGCAUCCCUUAAAAAAAUGAAAAUCAACUUGAAAGUACAUUGUUGUUUCAGGAAACUUUGUAUUUAGAAUAUUCAUGUAAAACUUGUGAGCAAGCUUUCAUUUUGAUCAAACUGAUCAUCCACAUUUUUGUAAUAAAACUGAAGACUUAUCCAGUAACUGUUGAUGAAUUUAUUUUUUGGGGGAAAUCAACUAAUAGUAACUUUAUAUUUACCAUUAUUAGGUUUUGAAGUGCACUUUUCCUAAAUUCAGGCUAUUAAUGCCAAAAUCUCUUAGAUGUUUUAAAUUUUAUAUUUUCCCUUCAAGCUUUAUGCUUUUGUCAGUAUACAGAAAUAUUUUAAAGAUUUUAAGAUGCAUAUCCACAGCAAAUCCUUAAUCUAGACAAUAUUAUUAUGAGUUACUCUCUGCUCUGAUAUGGUCCAUAAUCAGAACAUUUGUUACCACCAAACAAAUCACACAUCAAGACAGUGGAUAAAUCUGUAUUGAGCCUUUUACUUUACAACACAAGGUAAAAGGAAAAUCAGUUCUCUUUGACCAAUAUUUUACACAGCUGCAGUAAAAUAUUUUAGACUUCAAGGAUUUAUAAUAAGGGAUUACAUUUAUCCAGAGUUGGGAGAUCAAGUAAACAAGGUUUUAACUCCUUGAAUUUACCAGGUGACUCCCCCAUUAAACACAAUAGUAACCAGCUCUAAUUAGUUACAUAAGUUUCCUCAAGGCCAAGUUUUAUCAUUGUUGCUGUGUUGUCUUUAGACCUGAAGCCUUGCUAUUUCAAUCAAUAUCCACUAAUUCCACUUCAAAAAUGAGUUUUGCAUUUGGUGGAAUUCUGUUAGGAUGUCAAGGUAAAUCUGAUAAACAAAAACUACCCCUCCACCACCACAUCCUUAGGCUAAAAUUUGCACACCGGAUCAGAGGAUAAUAAAUACUAGUCUAGAGAUUCUCAAAAGCACCUCUGCAUUUCCUUUAGCGGAAAAUGGAGAUCAUAACCUAUCAGUACAGGCUGACUACUAGGUAAGCUGAGCUCGAACUAGGGAAAUCCUCCACCUGAAGGCCUCACUAAUACUCCCAAAUUAAUCUCCACUUAAUGAAGACUGCUACUUAGUACUCCAAGAAAAAACAUACAUGAAUGACUUAAGCAUAGCUGAGUAUAUAUCCUACGUUAAAUCAAAAUCCAUGUAAGGCAGUACAUGAAACUUACUGGGAAUCUGAAGAUGUUCAGAGAAGGAUGUGAUUUAUGCACAUCAGAAAGUCUUGGGAUGCUUCGUGAAAGAAAGGGAGCUAUAACUGACCAUCUGAUUUUGACAGACUAAAGGGGGCUGAAUUAUAUCCCCAAUGAAUCUUAACUGAUAAGACUACAAAGAGACCUUCCAAAAUUAAAAUCAAAUCAAAAAACUUAUUCUAAUUGGUCCAACUAUUCCAAUGGGAAUGAAAGCCAACAAGUUAUAAACUAUCUUCCCACUUGACCGACUGGGUUGGUCUUGGAGUUACAGUUUAUUAAUCUUAAAAUCUCAAUGCAGAAAUAGAAAAGAUGUUUUAUACUUACUAUUGCUACCUCACACUUUCUGAAGGGAUUAUUAAAUCUCUAUAGCAAACAACAUUGCUUUUUUAAAAAAAAAAGUUCACAAACCUUAGAUCCACAUAAAUAUUGUCAUUAGCAGUAAUCUCAAAUUGUUGGUCUUAGGUCCCUAGGUGGUGCACAUGGUUUGUACUCGGCUGCUAAUGUAAAAGUUGGCGGUUCAAACACACCAAGCAAUACCACAGAAUUACAGUAUUGAUGGUCUGCUUUUGUUAAGGUUACAGUCAAGAGAACACUACUGAGCAGUUUACGCUAACACAUGGGGUCCCCAUGAAUCGGAAUCGACUGGAUGGCAACCAAUAACAAUGUUGGUCACGGGGUCACCUUUUGUUUCACAACUAGUAAUCCCCAACAUGUGUUCCUUUUCUAAGCUUUGACUAUCUACAGUUAAUAGUCUGAAAUUACACUGUAGCAUAAAAUUAUCAUGACUCAUACUUCCAUUCUAAUACUAUUGCUACAGUUGUUUGUAUAGGGCUUCUUAAUGAAGUAAACCCUUCAUAUAGUAAGUAUUGCCUUUCAAAGAUGAGAGCUUAAAACUUCACAGUUUAGGUCUUAAAAAAUGAAAGAAAAAAAAAAAAAACAAAAAACCCAUUGCCGUCAAAUUGAUUCUGACUCACAGUGACCCUACAGGACAGAGCAGAACUGCCCAAUGGAGUUUCCAAGGACUGCCUGGUGGAUUUGAACUGCAGACCUUAAGUAGCACUUAACCACUAUGCCACCAGGGUUUCCUAAAAAUGAAAAGAGCUUGAAUAAAAGAUAAAAGGAAGAAGAAUCCAGCUCAAGUUUGAAUACCUGUACUAUUAGAAAAUACUAACUAUUGCGUAUUCACGGAGUUGUUGACACAAAAGCAUCUAAAUGUCAGGAAGACUAGUUUGGACAGGAUUCUUGAUCAAGAGGUUAGCCUAGAUGGCAUCUUUCAGAACCUUCAGCUACUAUGUUAGUGUUUUUUUCAUUCAUUACAAAGGAAAAAGGAUACUUGGCAUCAGGCUGUCCUUUCUUCCCAUAAGCCCAUUCAGGUUCAAUCUCUAGUCGAGCCUUUUCUCCCUUACUCAUAGUAAGGAGUGCUUCAUCCCACUAAGGACAAGAACAUAAAAACCAUGAUUUUUUUGAAAAAAUACAUGCAAUACUAGAAAACAGUCAAGAUUAUAUAGAAAAAAGUGUGUUACUGCAUUUCAUUACAUCCUAAGGUAUUUUCUUCAAUGAGUCUUUGUAUCUUUGGUCUCAAUGGAAAAAAUAAGGAUAUAUAUUAAACAAUACUUUUUCAGUGUAGUAGCCAAACUUCUCAAAUGAUAUAAUGUGCAAAAGCACUUCUGUAAACUGUAACAUGCUAUACAUUACAGAAACCAGUUUGUCAUAAGCACAAUAAAAUAUUUAUUAUACUGUUACAUCAUAGUACAUACUUAAAAGUUUACUUUUAUAAGAACCAACUAUGCAGUAAAACUGAUUCAAGAUUAUCAAACUUAUAUAAUAGUGGGAACAUGACUGGUAUGUAAGAUGAAACGACAGAGGCUUCUGAGUUACCUCUCCAUUUUUUCCCCAAAUUUGGAUCUUAAAGCCAGUCACCAAGAAUAGUUAAUAAUCAUUGAGACGAAAGGAUACAGAAUGCAUUCCUAAUAUAUACCCUGUUGGAAUACAGCAAUCUCAUAAAGCUUAGGGCAUAAUUAGGAAAUUAUGCUGAUGUUGUGUGGUUGGCAACCAAUGUCACAAUAUGUGUACUAAUUGUUUAAUGAGAAACAAGUUGUAUAAACUCUCAUUCUGAACUACACAAAUAAAAAGUUACUUUGAAAUAUUUGACUAUUUAAUUUCAUAAAAUAUUAAAAGCUAUCUAUGGGUAGUUAAUCCAAAAAUAGUAGAAAAUUAUGCUGAGAUAGAUCGGUCACAUAUUUGAAAUUAAGAAUAUGGUUGACUAGAUUUACCAGUAUGCGAAUCAGUUAUAAAAACCAAACUCGUUGCUCUAAGUCAUUUCUGACUCAUAGUUACCCUAUAGGAGAGGGCAGAACUGCCCCAUAGGGUUUCCAUGGAGCAGCUGGUGGAUUCAAACUGCCAACAUUUUGGUUAGCAGCUGAGCUCUUACCACUAUACUACCAAAAGCAUGCUUAUAUUUGGAAGAGUUUCUGGUGUUUGAGUCUAGAUUGUGGGAGGUGAGAGGCCACAGAACGAACUUCUAUCUCUAUCAUUUUGGUAGAAUAGAUAAUUUACCUUUCCCUAUCUACAUGUGGUUCAACGGCUAUUUAACAUUUUACAAGACUCUUAAAGACAAAUUUAGUAAGGCAAACAUUCUGACGAAGAAUUACUUCAUGAAGAAAAAGUAAAUAAAAAAGGUAGGCAUGGAAGGAACUAAUAUUUGUGUCUCUUUCUACUAUAUUAGGGGCUUUAAAUUAUGCUUAUUUAAUCUUUUAAAUAAUUUGAAAUAUUUAUUUUAAAUGAAAUAAUCUUUAUGCUUAUUUAACUUUUUAAAUAAGCAGCACCAUUCAUGUUUUAUAAAUAGGGAAACUGAGGCCCAGAGAACUGAACUUAGAGAUCAUACAGCUGGCAGAUAAUAGAACCUGAUUUGUCAGAAUCCAAAGAUUAGGAAUUGGGGACAUAAUGAAAGCACGAACAAACUCUCCACAACACCAUACCACAACACAUGUUCUACUGUCAUUCUAUACUUACUCCUCUGAUUACUUUGCCAACUCCAACCUUAAAACUUAAAGGCUUGGCAUUUUUCUUCUUCUUUGAACCUGCAAAACAGAUUUUCCUUACAAUUAAUGAUAGACCUUAAUCUUUAUUAAGAAAUUAAGUUCUAGUGGAAAAAUAAAAAGAUUUAGGUAUUCAAGUUUACUUCAGAGUUUACAAUACCAUGUAUUAUAUGAAAAGAAAUUCCAAAUGCUGGGUAAUUUACAAAGAAAGUUCUAGAUGUAAAAAAUAAUUUUACAUCUAAAAUAGCACACUAUUCUUUUAUGUGAAAAUACUAAAGCCUCACUUCAGGAAGCUUAGUUUAGACUAAGCUGCUCUAAUUUUUGCUUUCCAACAAGCUAGAGGUCUUUAGUUACGCAGUCAAUAAACAAUGAACUGAAGACCUCUUCCAAGUAAAUCAUAUGUGUAAAAGACUUCAGGAAAAAAGUAGGUGACAGCCAAUAAAAAGGUACUGUCAACCACUCAUCUGUCUACCACAGAAAUAUUCUGUACUGUUUUUAAGUUGAAAAGAUUACAUGCAGACUUACUUGUUUGAAUAUUAGUAUCAAAAACAGUCCCAUCCUGUAGUGUUCCUGUAUACCAACAGUGAACAACAUCUCCCUUUUUGGGAAAGUUGGUUUUAUCUCCCUUUUUAAGAACAGAUUUUGUGUAUUUUGGUGGACCCUAGAAACAAACCAGGAACAGCAUAUACACAGAGUUAGCACCUCAUGUAUUUCUUUUAGAGUGAUGAAAAAGAGACACCUACAGAGCUGUGCGCUAAGUCAGGUAGGAGAGAGCUGACGAAUCUGGUGACAAUCUUUUGUCUCUGGUUCACAGCUCUGAGUUAAAUUUACUAUCUCAAGUCAGUGAUGAGAAUAUUGGUAGCUUGUCCAUAUCCAAUUUUAAGUUCCAGCUUCACUGGAAAUAAAAGUUAUUUUGACAAGAGUCUGUUCGUUAUUCAACAAACCAUAAAAUGAAUUCAAUCCUUCCUCAAGGUUAGAAUUAUUUAAUUCCUAUGAAAUCAUAAAGUGUUAUAUAAAGCAUUGUAAUAUUUCGUCAAAGAUUUUAGUUGUUUCAACACCAAAAAUUGGUAUUACUAAUUCAUUAUAUCCAAUUACAAUCAAUAGUGAUAUUUCCUCCCUCCGAACAAUUAAAUGAGUUCACACAUAUAUGAAAUUAUCUACAGAAGUUGCCAUGAGAGGCAUAUUCCCUAGAAAACAGCAGGAUUAUCAGGGCCUUGGAGACCUGGUGGCACAGUGGUGAAGAGCUUGGGUGCUAACCAAAGGUCAGUAGUUUGAAUCCACCAGCUGCUCCUUGGAAACCCUAUGGGGCAGCUCUACUCUGUCUUAUGGGGUUGCUAUGAGAUGGAAUCGACUCGAUGGCAAUGGGUUAGGUUUGGGGAUCAGGGCCUUAAAAAAAAAAAAAAGUAAAGAGUAUUGUAUAUCAGUAAUAAUUCA